AUGCUGGUGGCGAACGUCGACCUCGGUCCGACCAUGUUGGACAUCGCCGGCAUCAACGUCAACAAGACGCAGAUGGACGGGAUGUCCUUCCUGCCCGUGAUGGAGGGGAAGAUGAACAGCAGCAGCUGGAGAACAGACAUCCUGGUGGAGUACGAAGGAGAAGGAAGCAACGUGUCGGACCCCGCCUGCCCUCUGCUGGGACCAGGAGUGUCGGAGUGUUUCCCAGACUGUGUGUGUGAGGACUCGUACAACAACACCUACGCCUGCGUGCGCACCGUCGCCCCCUCUGCCAACCUGCAGUACUGCGAGUUCGAUGAUAACGAGGUGUUUGUCGAAGUGUACAACGUGACAUCGGACCCCUUCCAGCUGACCAACAUCGCAAAGACCAUCGACCAGGAAGUGCUGGAGAAGAUGAACCAUCGGCUGAUGAUGCUGCAGUCCUGCUCCGGACAGUCGUGUCGGACGCCCGGCGUUUACGAUCCGAGGUAUAAAUUUGACCCUCGACAGAUGUUCAGCAGCCACAGCUGGCGGAUCAGCAGACUCCGACAGAAGAUGAAAUAAGACGAAGGAGGACGGAUGGAGGGAGGAGACGGAGGAAGAAGGGCUGUAUUGUAUUUUGUAUUCGGCCUUUCCUGCUGUUGUUGCCUUGUUUUCAGACCUCCUGAGCCAGUCUCUUUGUAGAUGGAUGCAGAAGGGAUCACGUGGGGUCAUGUUAUGGGUGGGAGGCCUCUCUGGGUGCAGAACCCACCUUCAGUCAGUAGGUGUGCAGGGAAAGCCAAAUUAUUCAGGAUGGAUUCACACUCGCAACCUUUCAUUCACUGAUUGUCUGCACGCUCACAAUCCCCGCCCCCGAUUCUCUCGGAGAAUAUCAGCAUAUCAAUAAUCAAAGCUUUUUCUUUUACUCGUCUGAGUUGGUUUUUUGGUGCAUUUGGUCUGUUUCUGUUCGUUGCACUAAAAGUGUGGAAAAAUUGUGGAUACGUAAUUUUCGCUGUAACAGAUUUCCAUCCAGACCAAAUGUGUCUGAUGUGACGCUACUGUAAUGUGAAUAUCAGGAGUUUAAUCAUCGUUAAACUUUGUUGGAAUUUUCAGUUUCUACAUCAGUUGUUUUAAUCGAGGUGGAAAUGUAGUCAGAUUACAAACAGCAGUUACCUUCUACAGAUUAUUACAAAAUCAAUCGAAAACUUUAAGUAAAACAUUCUUGAUCAAGUAGCUUUAGUAAUUUUAAGUGACACUUAAUUUGUAGUUUUUAUUUGUACUCGUUACUGUAACUAAAACUACAGUAACUAACUUACUAAAACUGCUUAAUCAAAGAAUCCUAUUAUAUUAUUACGAUUAUAACAUUAUUGUUCAAGUUAUUCAUUAUUUUAAAAAUGAAUCCAGUAGUAGUAGUGAGUGAGUGCUGUCCUUUAUUACCGAGGGAUCCUCUGUGUACUCGUACAACUACACUGGAUAAUCUGAUGAUGACCGACUGCACCAAAGAACCUGACAGUCAGUUUAUCUUCUGCUCUAUGAAACAGAGCGUAGGAGGACAACUGGGAGAAACAGCGCCACCUACAGCCCGUAGAGGCCCAGUGUCGACAUGAAGUAACUUAAAGUUUGAUGUUAGAAAUAUACAGUAAGGUGUCAGAUACUAACCAGCAUAUGUUGUAUCAUUUUGUUAAUAGUUAGCAUUAAUAAUCGCUAUAUGGACGAUAUCAGAGGGUUUUAGGGUUAUUGAGGGUGUUGAAUCUAAGGAUGGGACAAUGUAGUUGCAGUUAUUUUUUUGUAACAUGAAAGGUUCGUACAAAAAGGCUGUUUAAACCACGAAGGGACACUUUUCAGCUCGCGGUGGGCUGGUUUUGGUUAAUCUUGAGGUUAUUUAUAUGCAUAAUGCCCAGAAAGAUCACUGUCAUUGGUGCAAAUGUUCAGACGUAAUAUUUAAAGUUUAUAAGCAUUUUGUCACUGACCUCCAUCUUUGUCGCUGUGAUUCUGUUUUAAGCACAUAAAUAAUCCCAAAAUCUGCCAACCAGGAGCUGAAAUGUGGCGACAACGUCUGGUUUAAACGUCUACUUUGUGCUUUGAAUGGAUUCAACAUCUUCACUAACUCCCAAACCUCCUACAUUGUCCAGAUCAGCCAAUCAGCUGCUGAAAUAUUGAUUAUGCUCGCAUUAGGUUAGUGCUGGGGACCCACACUGUACAUUUCUAACAUAAAACUUUGGAGUUGGCGACAAGCAGACGAACAGGAAGUAAAACCUUCAUUAAACACCAGUGAUCAAUAUUUUCUCCCACAGUCGGCAGUAUUCUGGAAAAAUGACUGAAUGAAUUCACUGAAACUGACACAGAAUCGCAAUAAAUCAGACGCACAGAAUCACAUGACUUUUACAACGUAUGCGACUCAACAGAAAACAGUUUAAUAAAACAACUUUUGACUGAAAACAGAAUUCAUACAUUCAUACGUAUAUUCAGUGUCUCGACUGAGCGUUAAAGCACCUUUUUCAUUCACAAAUCUCACUAUCACUUUUCAUCUUUUCUUCUUAUGUUUUGUAAAUUCUUUGUCAUCUUUUUGAUUUUAAUCCGUCACGUGUUGCACAUUUCAUACCGAGUUCAUUUGAAAACAUGAAUUUGUAGGUUGGAGUCGAGUAUUUGAAUAAUUAUUUCAUGUUUGAGGGAUUUGACUGAGCCACUGGUUCCUAACGUGAGGAAGGAAGUUCAGAAAGACGGAAGAUAAAUCUUGCCAAAAAAAGAAAUCAAGUUUUAUAUCAGUUGUUUUUAGUUUUCUGGGUUGGAUGUGAGAACUUUAAAAGGCCAAAUAAAAGUUUAAUUUGACCAGUAACGUUUGAAAUAGAGAAAUAAUCUAUAUUUGAUGUUUCAAUGCGACCUCCUUCAUACUUUAAGGGAACUAAACAUAAUGUCUUUAAUUCUUUUUGUGGCCCUGCCUUUAUGUUUCUACAGUCAGUGUUAAAUUAAUUAUAGUAUUAUUAUUAACAUCCAACUGAAGACCUGAUUCAGAGAGUUGAAAUAUUAAACAAGGUGACAUUCAGAAAGUCUCUCUGCUACGUCUGCAUGACGUCUGUUGUCAAAUCUUUUUUUAAUUUUGCUCGUGAGUUAUUGUCUUUCCGAAGAAACUGGUUAAUUGUGAAUCGUUGGUUUUCUGUUCGCUCGUACAGCUCGUUCUUCCUCUGUUCGACGUGAGAACACCGAGCUCUAAAGUCAACAAACACGCUGUGAUUAGUUUCCCUCUCGAAGCCGAUCACCUCGUUUCCGUUCACUGAUGCACUUUCCAACCUGUUAGGAUGUCUUUUUGUUUUUGGAACCCGUCGUUUUAUUUUCAGAGUAGUUUUUGAUGAUGAUGAUGAUGAUGAUGAUGAUGAUGAUGUAUUUUAGGCUUGUGUGUUUUUGUCCAAAUAAAUUCUCUAAAUAUCUCA